GCAAGUACGGCCCCAUGGGCGAGGACCUCUUUGCGCAGGUUUGCUUGGAUACGAACGGCGUCUCUCGUGGAGAGGCAUUCGGCACCAAGCUGGACGGAACUUGCGAGGCGGACCGGCCAACCGCCGAGAAGAAGAACAAGAAGUGGAAGCCCACGUGCGACGGCGAGAACUUCCCGGCGUACCACCCGCUGAUGAAGCCCGAGGACUAUAUGGCGUGCUUGGAUGCCACCACCAACGCGUUCGGCUACUGA